AUGAAGAUCCUCCUCCACUCUCACUUCCCAGCCGGCCAUGCUUACCCAAUGCAAGCCGUAGCCCAAUCCCUCAUCCGCCGCGGCCACCAAGUAACAUGGCUCACCAGCGCCUCAAACGAAGCCCGCGUCCUCGCCGUAGGCGCAACAUUUGUCCCAACAAGCGCCAUAGCCAUCAUCGACGAGCCCCUUAUCGCCUCUAAUGAAACUGGUAUUCUCGACAAGGAGUACUCGCGGCUUCAGAUCAGGCUUCUUGCGCAGGUGACGGAUUACCGCCGGGUGUUGAGGGACUUUAAAGCAGAUGUUUUGCUCGUCGAUGUGAUGCCGUAUGGAGCGAGGGCUUUGUGUGAACUUGGUGAAAUUCCGGUUUAUGCGACGUUGGGGGUGAUUCCGAUGUACAUGUCGAGUUUGGGAGCGCCACAAGCUGUUUCGGGGGAGGGUCCGGCGACGUCGUGGGUUGGAUUGAUCUGGAAUCAUAUUCUUCAUCUUGUUAGCCAGUGGAUUCUUCUGCCGUUGCUCUUGAGGCCGAUCAUAAAUGCCCAGAGGAGGGAAUUGGGCUUGAAGAACUUGCCGUAUGGGGAGCCGAUCGAGUCUUACACUUACAGCCCCUAUCUUCACAUUCAGGCGUCGUCGCCGUCGCUGGAGUUCAAGCUACUGCCGAAGCCGCCGCAACAGCGGGAGCAUACCAAGUUCGUUGGACCGGUAGUUACACAGGUACCGACCAGUCUUGCCCAGCUCCCCCCUGAGUGGGACGAGAUCGUUGCGCAUCCUCGUGUCGUUGGUAUCACCCAAGGUACUCUAGCCAUGGAUCCAACAUCGUUGAUCAUACCUGCGAUUAAGGCGCUCUCUGAUGAUCUAGAUCUGCUUCUCGUAGUAGCUUCGCCACAUGUAGAAGAGAUCACUUCAAGAAUAGGGGAGCCGCUAAACGUGCGCUUCAUCAGAUGGAUACCCUACCAUCUCUUCCUCCCACAGCUAUGCCUCCUCAUCACCAAUGGCGGGUACGGAAGCAUAACGCAGGCACUGUCACAUAAGGUGCCACUGAUCUGCGCUGGGCAAACAGAAGAUAAGAAGGACACAGCAGCGCGGGUCAGUUGGGCAAGAGCGGGCAUCGACUUGAAGACGGAUAGCCCUUCAAGAGAGCAGGUUCGAAGUGCGGCGAAGACGAUACUGGAUGAUCCAGGUUUCGUGGAGAGGGCGGGGCACCUGGGAGAUGAACUCAAUGAACUAGGCGGCGCGGAACGAGCUUCGGAGCUUUUGGAGGAACUGGUAGAAUCUAGAGCAAGAUAA